GAGGGAAGACCGCGGCGGGGUACAACUUGGGGGCUAUUUCCACCUUCCGUGCGACUGAUGCGAACCCCGAAGCCGGAUUCUGUCUGCUACAGUCCUGGCGUCCAAGUUCUCUUUAGUUCAUGUCACUAGGGACCUGAACUGCCUUACAGAUCUCAGGGUUUUUUCUUCUGGUUUCGCUUCCGCCUCCUGACCCCACGUGGAGGUAUUAAACAGUAGGGGCUCCUACUUGUAGCACAGAGUCUUAGCUGACACAGGAGACACAGUGGGCAUUGGAGAAUGGGUUCCAGGCCUAAGGAUGCAUGGAGCUGACACCACACUCAUUUUGCUUUUGCUGUCGGUGUAAGUAAUAACCUGUCUAAACCCAUCUGGGCUGCCUGUCUCCUUCCCGUAGCCAAAUCUACGGGAAGUGUCCAGCCAGUGUAGGGGUCAAGGGACCGCUUGACGAGACCAACGUAAAUUGAAGAGGCGUAAGGAGAUGAGGCCAAAGAGGAAAGGGGACCAGGUCACGUAGAACCUCGUAGACCACUGCAGAACCUUGGCUUAUGCAGAGACAGCAGGAACCACUGAUAGGUUUAGGGAGAUUUGAGGAGAGGGACAUGAUUUGGCUCAUGUUAUGUUGUUAAAGGGACCACAUUAAAAUACAUUCAUUCUAAAAGUGUUACCUUUAAGAAACUACGUAUAUAAAUUAAGUUACCGUUGCCAUUAUUAGCGUAAGUAGUUACAUUUCUCUUACGAUUCACUCUCUGCUACUGCCUCUUGGACCCUGCACACCUUGUGGAGGUCCAUGAGAGUAACGUGCUGUGGUUCCCCCUCUCCCCACUCCUGCUCUGCACUUUGUCAUUCACGUUCAUCUCCCUCCUUGAGUGUCACCUCUCUCUGGCUCGUCACGGAGCCACGGCAAAGCGUCCUUUCCCAGGAACCCCUCCCCCUGGGGAGGUGAGCUCCUCGACGCCAGGGCCGUGUCGCGCACCUCGGGCCGGGUACCCAGGAGGCGCUCGGCGGCGAGCGGAAUGGAUGUGGAGGAGCGCUCGGCAGGGGGCGGAAUGGAUGUGGAGGAGCGCUCGGCAGGGGGCGGAAUGGAUGUGGAGGAGCGCUCGGCAGGGGGCGGAAUGGAUGUGGAGGAGCGCUCGGCAGGGGGCGCUGCCGCCGUGGCCUCGGCCUCUGGGAGCGGCGCGGCCAGGGUUUUCCGUGUCAGCCAAGCCUGGAAUGCGGGGGCGCCUCUGGACCCUCCUCUUGGGUCUGGGGGCUGCCUCGGGCAUCCUCUACUCCUCUCCCACCUUCUGUCCUUCCCUAUCUCCCACCCACACGUGUGGGGCUCCGGACCCGCGCAGCGGCCAGAGCCUUCUGCUGUGGACCUCCAGUCCACCCCUCCCCUUCACUUCUCUUUCCAGCUCCCUCCGGGUCUCUCAGCCCCCUCCCCUUCCUCUCCGCCCCCUUCCCCGCCGUCCGCCCAGCGGUGGCCUUCGGCCCGCCCCUUCUCUCCAACCCCCUCCCUUUCCCCUUUACGCCUCCCCCUCGUCCUCCCGCCCCCUCCCACCCCAACCUGCUGGGCCCGCCGGGACUCGCCCCCCUGCCCGCUCCUCUCCUCCAGCCCCGGUCGGCCUCGGCUCGGCCCCCGGCCCGCCCCUUCCAGCCCUCGGCACCUCCCGCCGGCCGCUUGGCUCCGCCACUCGGCACUCACUGCCCGGGCCGCCUGGACAGGGAGCUUCGCUGGCGCGCUUGGCCGGCGACAGGACAGGUUCGGGACGUCCAUCUGCCCAUCCGUCCGGAGAGAAAUUACAGAUCCGCAGCCCCGGGAUGGGGCCGGCCCCGCUGCCGCUGCUGCUGGGCCUCUUCCUCCCCGCGCUCUGGCGUAGAGCUAUCACUGAGGCAAGGGAAGAAGCCAAGCCUUACCCGCUAUUCCCGGGACCUUUUCCAGGGAGCCUGCAAACUGACCACACACCGCUGUUAUCCCUUCCUCACGCCACUGGGUACCAGCCUGCCUUGAUGUUUUCACCAACCCAGCCUGGAAGACCACAUACAGGAAACGUAGCCAUUCCGCAGGUGACCUCUGUCGAAUCAAAGCCCCUACCGCCUCUUGCCUUCAAACACACAGUUGGACACAUAAUACUUUCUGAACAUAAAGGUGUCAAAUUUAAUUGCUCAAUCAGUGUACCUAAUAUAUACCAGGACACCACAAUUUCUUGGUGGAAAGAUGGGAAGGAAUUGCUUGGGGCACAUCAUGCAAUUACACAGUUUUAUCCAGAUGAUGAAGUUACAGCAAUAAUCGCUUCCUUCAGCAUAACCAGUGUGCAGCGUUCAGACAAUGGGUCGUAUAUCUGUAAGAUGAAAAUAAACAAUGAAGAGAUCGUGUCUGAUCCCAUCUACAUCGAAGUACAAGGACUUCCUCACUUUACUAAGCAGCCUGAGAGCAUGAAUGUCACCAGAAACACAGCCUUCAACCUCACCUGUCAGGCUGUGGGCCCGCCUGAGCCCGUCAACAUUUUCUGGGUUCAAAACAGUAGCCGUGUUAACGAACAGCCUGAAAAAUCCCCCUCCGUGCUAACUGUUCCAGGCCUGACGGAGAUGGCGGUCUUCAGUUGUGAGGCCCACAAUGACAAAGGGCUGAGCGUGUCCAAGGGAGUGCAGAUCAACAUCAAAGCAAUUCCCUCCCCACCAACUGAAGUCAGCAUCCAUAACAGCACUGCACACAGCAUUCUGAUCUCCUGGGUUCCUGGUUUUGAUGGAUACUCCCCGUUCAGGAAUUGCAGCAUUCAGGUCAAGGAAGCUGAUCCGCUGAGUAAUGGCUCAGUCAUGAUUUUUAACACCUCUGCCUCACCACAUCUGUACCAAAUCAAGCAGCUGCAAGCCCUGGCUAAUUACAGCAUUGGUGUUUCCUGCAUGAAUGAAAUAGGCUGGUCUGCAGUGAGCCCUUGGAUUCUAGCCAGCACUACUGAAGGAGCCCCAUCAGUAGCACCUUUAAAUGUCACUGUGUUUCUGAAUGAAUCUAGUGAUAAUGUGGACAUCAGAUGGAUGAAGCCUCCGACUAAGCAGCAGGAUGGAGAACUGGUGGGCUACCGGAUAUCCCACGUGUGGCAGAGUGCAGGGAUUUCCAAAGAGCUCUUGGAGGAAGUUGGCCAGAAUGGCAGCCGAGCUCGGAUCUCUGUUCAAGUCCACAAUGCUACGUGCACAGUGAGGAUUGCAGCCGUCACCAAAGGGGGAGUUGGGCCCUUCAGUGAUCCAGUGAAAAUAUUUAUCCCUGCACACGGUUGGGUAGAUUAUGCCCCCUCUUCAACUCCGGCGCCUGGCAACGCAGAUCCUGUGCUCAUCAUCUUUGGCUGCUUUUGUGGAUUUAUUUUGAUUGGGUUGGUUUUAUACAUCUCCUUGGCCAUCAGAAAAAGAGUCCAGGAGACAAAGUUUGGGAAUGCAUUCACAGAGGAGGAUUCUGAAUUAGUGGUGAAUUAUAUAGCCAAGAAAUCCUUCUGUCGGCGAGCCAUUGAACUUACCUUACAUAGCUUGGGAGUCAGUGAGGAACUACAAAAUAAACUAGAAGAUGUUGUGAUUGACAGGAAUCUUCUAAUUCUUGGAAAAAUUCUGGGUGAAGGAGAGUUUGGGUCUGUAAUGGAAGGAAAUCUUAAGCAGGAAGAUGGGACCUCUCUGAAAGUGGCAGUGAAGACCAUGAAGUUGGACAACUUUUCGCAGCGGGAGAUCGAGGAGUUUCUCAGUGAGGCAGCGUGCAUGAAAGACUUUAGCCACCCAAAUGUCAUUCGACUUCUAGGUGUGUGUAUAGAAAUGAGCUCUCAAGGCAUCCCAAAGCCCAUGGUAAUUUUACCCUUCAUGAAAUACGGGGACCUGCAUACUUACUUACUUUAUUCCCGAUUGGAGACAGGACCAAAGCAUAUUCCUCUGCAGACACUAUUGAAGUUCAUGGUGGAUAUUGCCCUGGGAAUGGAGUAUCUGAGCAACAGGAAUUUUCUUCAUCGAGAUUUAGCUGCUCGAAACUGCAUGUUGCGCGAUGACAUGACUGUCUGUGUUGCGGACUUCGGCCUCUCUAAGAAGAUUUACAGUGGCGAUUAUUACCGCCAAGGCCGCAUUGCUAAGAUGCCUGUUAAAUGGAUCGCCAUAGAAAGUCUUGCAGACCGAGUCUACACAAGUAAAAGUGAUGUGUGGGCAUUUGGCGUGACCAUGUGGGAAAUAGCUACGCGGGGAAUGACUCCCUAUCCUGGGGUCCAGAACCAUGAGAUGUAUGACUAUCUUCUCCAUGGCCACAGGCUGAAGCAGCCCGAAGACUGCCUGGAUGAACUCUAUGAAAUCAUGUGCUCUUGCUGGAGAACCGAUCCCUUACACCGCCCCACCUUUUCAGUAUUGAGGCUGCAGCUAGAAAAACUCUUAGAAAGUUUGCCUGACGUUCGGAACCAAGCAGACGUUAUUUACGUCAAUACACAGUUGCUGGAGAGCUCUGAGGGCCUGGCCCAGGGCUCCACCCUUGCUCCACUAGACUUGAACAUCGACCCUGACUCUAUAAUUGCCUCCUGCACUCCCCGCGCUGCCAUCAGUGUGGUCACAGCAGAAAUUCAUGACAGCAAACCUCAUGAAGGACGGUACAUCCUGAAUGGGGGCAGUGAGGAAUGGGAAGAUCUGACUUCUGCCCCCUCUGCUGCAGUCACAGCUGAAAAGAACAGUGUUUUACCGGGGGAGAGACUUGUUAGGAAUGGGGUCUCCUGGUCCCAUUCGAGCAUGCUGCCCUUGGGAAGCUCAUUGCCCGAUGAACUUUUGUUUGCUGACGACUCCUCAGAAGGCUCAGAAGUCCUGAUGUGAGGAGAGGUGUGGGGAGACAUUCCAAAAAUCAAGCCAAUUCUUCUGCUGUAGGAGAAUCCAAUUGUACCUGAUGUUUUUGGUAUUUGUCUUCCUUACCAAGUGAACUCCAUGGCCCCAAAGCACCAGAUGAAUGUUGUUAAGUAAGCUGUCAUUAAAAAUACAUAAUAUAUAUUUAUUUAAAGAGAAAAAAUAUGUGUAUAUCAUGGAAAAAGACAAGGAAUAUUUUAAUAAAACAUUACUUAUUUCAUUUCACUUAUCUUGCAUAUCUUAAAAUUAAGCUUCAGCUCCUCCUUGAUAUUAACAUUUGUACAGAGUUGAAGUUGUUUUUUCAAGUUCUUUUCUUUUUCAUGACUAUUAAAUGUAAAAAUAUUUGUAAAAUGAAAUGCCAUAUUUGACUUGGCUUCUGGUCUUGAUGUAUUUGAUAAGAAUGAUUCAUUCAAUGUUUAAAGUUGUAUAACUGAUUAAUUUUCUGAUAUGGCUUCCUAAUAAAAUAUGAAUAAGGAA